AUGUCGUGUUCAGUGGGCGACGGGACAGCAGGCAGGCGGACGGCAGAGAUGGUUGCUCCCGAGGAGCGGAGCGGCGGCGGGCGGCGCUCCGGGUGUCCGCGGUCGGUGAAGUCGUGGUGGCGGCUCGCGGUGCUGCUCCUCUCCGUGUCCUCCCUGCCGGCGGUCUCGGCGCUGGUGGAGGGUCUGUACUGCGGGAAGGAGGUGUGCUACGACGUGCUCGGCGUCACUCGGGAGGCCUCCAAGUCGGAGAUCGCCCGGGCUUACCGGCAGCUGGCCCGGCGGUACCACCCGGACCGUUUCAGGCCGGGGGAGCCCGGCUCGGAGGGGGAGACCCUGGAGUCCGCGCACACCAAGUUCCUGCUCAUUGCGACCGCAUACGAGACGCUAAAGGAUGAGGACACACGGCGGGACUACAACUAUAUGCUGGACCACCCUGAGGAGUACUACCAGCACUACUACGCCUACUACCGCCGACGGCUCGCCCCCAAAGUGGACGUCAGGGUCGUCGUCCUGGUCACCAUCUGUGCCAUCUCCAUCUUCCAGUACUACAGCUGGCACAGCAGCUACAACGAGGUCAUCAACUACCUGAUGACCGUCCCCAAGUACCGCAUCCAGGCCACGGAGAUCGCCAAGCAGCAAGGACUCCUCAACCGCUCCAAGGAGAAGGGCAAGAACCGACGCUCCAAGGAGGAGAUCCGGGAGCAGGAGGAGGAGGUGAUCCGCGACAUCAUCAAAAACAAGAUCGACAUCAAAGGAGGCUACCAGAAGCCCAACCUGUCGGACAUCCUGCUGUGUCAGAUCGUUCUCUUCCCGUACUACCUCACCAACUACGUGGUGUGGUACGUCUCCUGGGUGUACCGCUUCACCAUCUGCAGGGAGGAGUACGGAGACAAGGAGAAGCUCUACAUCAUCAGGAGGCACAUGAAGCUGUCCCAGUCUCAGUUUGACCGCCUGGAGGAAAACACCAAACAGACCUUCCUGGACAAGCAGCUCUGGGUCAAAGAAAACUUCGAGGUGUACAGAAAGGAGCAGGAGGAGGAGAUGAAGGUGAAGAUGGCAACCGACACGAGGAUGAAGCAGUACCGCCGCUGGAUGAAGAACGAGGGGCCGGGCCGGCUCACCUUCAUCGACGACUGACGGCCGCGCGAAGCGUCCGCGACGACAGACACACCUGCCUCAGUGCCGACACACACACGCACCGCGCUGUGUGGAGAAACGUACCUGUACAGAAAGAUUAUAUAGCAGAGAUAUUUUCAUAGCAAUCAGGCCAGAAAGGGGACGAUGGAGGAAUAAACUGUGAGCUGAAGCUUCAGACCUUUCAGUAAUUUUUUAUAUCAUGGCUUUUUUUUUUUUUUCUUCUUCAAAGUACAAUAAAGUUUAAUAAUUUUCUCCUGCUGGUAAAAACACACUGAGCGACUUUGGUGCCUGACUUCUUAAGUGAUUUUCUGUUGGAUAAUUGGCCAGCCGGCUGCGAGUUGAAGCUCAGCAGCAGCUCAAAGUGUCCUUCAGUGAGACGGUGGAAACAUCAAACCUGGUUAGCGCAAAGAAGCGGUCAUUUCUCCCAGGGCUUUUCUGUCUCGAAUGCAUCGCUGAAGCUUUUUUUAUCUGAAGAAAACGAGGCGUUUAUGUUGUGUAAGCGGAAGCCAAAGUCGCAGCUGCUGAUCUUCAUCACCGUCAGUCUCUUCAGACCUUUAGGUGGCUGCUUACAGUUUACUGCAUCUCAAAGGCUGAUUCUACUUUCAGUGUUAUUUAUUGUUUCUGCAGUUUGUCUUUUCAGUGGCAAAGCAAAAUUAAAGUCACUCUGAAUUGAAAA